AUGUCAGGGGCAGAGCUGGGGUUGAGCACCGCGCCUUUCAUCGUCUUGCUACUACAGACAUGUUUGCGAGGAUACGAAACCUUCACCCAGGCAAGACAAAUAGGGGAGGGAUCGCAGACACUUUUGUGGAAAUUCAGGAUUCAACAAACGCGACUCCACAUGUGGGCUAAGGAAUGGGGAAUUUUGGAUGAAUCGAGACAGCAGAGACAGAGGCCAGGGGAUCCAGACGACUACAAGAUCAUCACAGAGACUCUGUUCCGCAUUUCUGAUCUCAUCGCCGACUACAAAGUGCUCCAAAAUCGAUAUGGUCUAUCUCUCGUUACGGAGGAUCCCACCUUCGUUGUUCAGCGCAUCCAAGGACGAGUCGAGGAUGUAAUUGCAGAAGAGUUCAACGCCUUUCUGCAGCAGGACCAGGCGCUGCGGCGCGAGCGGAGCCAAAACAGCAAUAUCUUGAAGAAGUUCCGCUGGGUCGCAGCCGACAAAGGCAAGUUUGAGACCGUGAUCAAAGAUCUCACCGACUAUAAUGACGGACUCUAUCACCUUCUCGCGGCUGCGGAACGCCGAGCACUGCGGCAAGGACUGAGUGCUGAAUUGGUCACAACUUCCAACGUCAACGAAUUACUUGGUCUCGAGGCUGCUGCCGCCUCCACUCCGUACGAAGCUCUCUCCCAAGCCAGCGCACUGCGAAGACACCUCGUCAUGUCGAACUCGGCCGAUACCUCCUCGGAACUACGAGUAUCUGGCGACAGCAUCGCUCUUUGCCAGCCUCCCAAUGCAACGUCUGGCCUCCUCGAUAGAGCUUUAGCCAGGCAGACCGUUGGCAAUGAACACAAUCUAGUUAUCGUGGAGUGGAAGCACUUCGAUCGCGACGCUGCAGACCAUAUUCGCUUGUCCCAAUUGAACAGGCUUGACGCUCUGGCUCGGUUGCUGCACCUCUCGUGCAAACCGGAGGCCCUCCGCGUACCAAACUGCCUAGGGUACUUCUGUGACGACUGGCAUCCACGUGUCGGACUGCUCUUUGAGUAUACAGGAAGCUCAGCACCGCAAGCCACGCCGCCGUUCCUAUCGUUGCACGACCUGCUCCUCACCAGCAAAUCUGUCCCUUUCCUAGGAGAUCGUUUCCGUCUGGCACUCGACCUCUCACUCUCGCUGUGCCUUCUUCAUACUUCGGGAUGGCUGCACAAGGGCAUCCGCUCAGACAACAUCAUUUUCAUACAGGGUUCACCACUUAACAAUGACGAGUCACCCCCAUCACUGAGAGACCCACUUGUUCUAGGCUUUGAAUACUCCAGGCAAGACAACCCUUUUGCCGAGACCGACCUCGUCGUGUCGGCAUUGGAGGUGCACAAACUCUAUCGCCAUCCAAAAUCAAUAACCGCGUCUAGGGAUCGAUACUGCAGAGCCUUCGACAUAUACUCACUAGGCAUUGUGCUCCUCGAGAUCGGCUUCUGGAGGCCAAUCUCUGAGUUUCACACCGAGGGUCAAAGCCUAGAUGCCUUCAAGGAAGAUCUAACCAAUUUUUACGUCACAAAUCUUGGAGCGAAGACUGGGAAAAUAUAUAUGGAAGCAGUGCGAAGCUGUUUGACUGGGGAGCUUGCAGACGUAAAUACGAAUGACACGGGGUCGCAGAAAGGGUUCUACUGGGAGGUUGUCAGGGAGCUUGCGAGGCUUGCCGUUUGA